GGCUCAAUUUUGAAAAGUUCCUUUUUACGCUUAGCUGUACAAAAAAUUGAACUCUCUUUUUUCCAACUAAAUAUAUAUAUACCCAUUUUAUUAUGUGGACACAGUCGCCGGAGCUGUUCCUUGUCCGAUCUGUAAACCCCGCCAUUCACCACUCUCCUCCACCGUCGGCGAGAAUUCACUCUAUAACUUGGUGCGAAGUAUGGGGACAGAUGACAAGCAACGGCGUUUAAUCAAUUCACAUGAAAACAGCAGAGGCUUUUAUCUGCAAAAGUUCCGGCUUUAUGAGACUCGCUCGAACUUCUACAUGGUUGGAUGGGAUAAGACCAGAACUUUUUGGAAAGUAUUAAAGAUUGACAGAUUAGAACCUUCGGAACUAAUCAUUCAUGAAGACCCUACGUCAUAUUCAGAGAUUGAAUGCUUAGACCUCCUAAAAAGAAUACAUGAAGGAAACAGAUCUACUGGAGGGCUUAAAUUCAUUUCUCGUUGCUACGGAAUUAUUGGUUUUAUAAAGUUUUUGGGACCUUAUUACUUCCUGGUUAUCACAGAAAGAAGGAAGAUUGGAAAGAUAUGUGGUCAUGCUGUUUAUGCUAUCACUAAGAGCGAGAUGUUCCCAAUUCCGCACUCUACUUUGCUUUCCAAUAUGGCUUAUUCUAAGGAUGAGAACAGAUAUCAAAAGCUCCUGCACAUGGUGGACCUCACAAAGGACUUCUUUUUCAGCUACUCCUAUCCUAUUAUGAUUAGUUUUCAAAAGAAUCUGAGCAGCUCAGAGACAGGACUCACCCUUUAUGAGACAAUGUUUGUAUGGAAUGAAUUCUUAACUCGCGGAAUCCACAAUCAGCUCCAAAAUACUCUCUGGACUGUUGCGUUAGUCUAUGGGUUCUUUAAACAGGUUACACUUACUAUUUCUGCACAGGACUUCAUCUUAACCCUAAUUGCUAGACGUUCUCGUCAUUAUGCUGGUACCAGAUAUUUAAAAAGAGGAGUAAAUGAGAAGGGUCAUGUAGCAAAUGACGUCGAGACAGAACAGAUUGUGUUUGAAAAUGUACGUGAAGGGUCCCCUGUUGGAGUAAGCGCUGUUGUACAGAACCGUGGUUCAAUACCUCUUUUCUGGUCUCAGGAAACUUCACGUUUGAAUAUAAAACCUGACAUCAUAUUGUCUAGGAAGGACCUCAAGUUUGAAGCCACCAAACUUCACUUUGAAGAUCUUAUUCAAAGAUAUGGAAAUCCAGUUAUUAUAUUAAAUUUAAUUAAGACUCGUGAGAAGAGGCCCAGAGAAACAAUUCUUCGUGCAGAAUUCGCUAAUGCUAUUGACUUCAUAAAUAAAGAUCUUCCUGAGGACAACCGGUUGAGAUUUCUUCACUGGGAUCUAAACAAACAUCCAAGAAUCAAAGCUACAAAGGCCUUGUUACGUCUAGGUGAGGUGGCCAUUAAUGCUUUGGAGUUAACAGGCCUUUUCCAUUGUCAGCUAAUCCCUACAUCAAGAAGUGGGGAAUUGCUAAAGCUGUCAUCCAUCGGGUGAGUUUGCCAAUCAAAUUAUCCUCUUAA